AUGAACCCCUCCGGCCUCCUCUUCCGCCGCACUGCUCCUCGCGUGCAGACUCCCCUUCGCCAAAAACGAUGGGCACAAGUCUCCGACGUCCGCUUCUACGCCAUCAAACCCGAUCCAACCGAACGAUACCGGGAAGCUCUCGAACGCAAAGCCCGGGAGAAGGGCCUGAAAGACGCCAAUGAACUCCGCGAAGCGUACGCGGAUCGCAUCAAGCGACUGCGGAAAGAGUCGAUGGUGCCGGGAUUGAACACAGCGAUAGAAGAGGAGGGCAGCAGCACACCAUCAAAUCCACAACCACAUCGACCGCCACCACAACCUCGAGACGCCGCUUCGAGUAUACCCUACCAGCCACCACCUCCUCCCCAACCACAAGCGACACCAUCAUCGAAACCUCAAAGCUCCUCCUCGAAGUCCUCCUCCGCUCCACCAGUCCGUACCCUCUCCUCCUUCAUCGACGUCGAGAAAUCCUCCUCUCUCCCUCAAAAAGAGCUAGAAACAAUAUGGCGCCUACGACACGUCCGCGACCCGCAAUCCCUCGCCGCUGUUCUUCCCUCAUCGACGUACAAUCGCAUUGCCACCACCGCGAAACAGCAUCCCCAAUUCGUGCUCCCCAUACCCCACCCCGAUCGCGGAGCAGAAAUCCACUUCCUUCAAUGGACUUUCCCAUCCCCGACGACAGCAACGGUACUGUUCACGCACUUGGCGGAGUUCAAGUUGAGAGGAGAGUUCGCGCAACCGCAUACGACUGUGACGUAUCAUGUUGAUUUCGCGGAGGAGAAGGGAUUGGUUUUGAUGGAAGGACGGGUGCAGGAGGGGAAGGGAGUGAGUGUGGAGGAAGGGAGAUUUUUGGUAAUGGGGUUGCAGAAAUUCUAUGGGUGGGAAGGGAAAGGCGAGGGCAAGAGGAGGAGGUUGAUGGAGCAGUUCAGUGGAGGAGACGAGGGGUUUAGAGUGGAGGAAUUAUUGGAGGAGACGGAGAAGGUGCCACGGCAAAUAUCCGUGUACAAAGAAGAACGCCGCCCAUACCACAAGCUAGGAGAGGCACGCUUUCAGCGGAAGCAAACUGCAGCACACUCUCUCGGAGCAAGCGCGAAGACGGUAAGCAGAACGCUCAUGCCUCUGGCCGUGGUCUAUACUGUUCCACCAUCCCAUUUGCCUGCAGCGUUUUGA